AUGGAUUCAUAUGCCCACAAUCUCCACAUCUUCUUCCUUCCCAUGAUGGCCCCCGGCCACAUGAUCCCCAUGAUCGACAUAGCCUGGAAAUUCUCAACCCACGGCGCGAAAUCGACCAUCAUCACCACACCCGCAAACGCAUCUCAAUUUUCCCAAACCAUCAAACUCGGCCGCGAAAAAGGCCUCCGAAUCGAAAUCUCCCUCGUCGACUUCCCUUGCCGCGAGUCGGGCCUUCCCGAGGGCUGCGAAAACCUCUCUUCCACAACUACACCACAAAUGUCCGUAAAUUUCCUAAAAGCCCUCGACUUUCUCCAAAAUCCCGUUGGAGACAUGCUUCGGAAGGCCCAACCGGACUGCAUAGUCGCCGGAGGAUACUUCUGGUGGGCCACCGUUUUGGCCAGCGAGCUCGGGAUUCCUCGAGUGGGCUUCUACGGAACGGGCUUUUUCCCCAUGUGUCUCUUUCAGAGCCUAAGGCAAAAUAAGCCGCACGAGAAAGUCGACUCGGAUUACGAGGAGUUUGUGGUCCCGGGAGUCCCGGGUGAUAUCAAGAUCACGAGAAAACGGCUCCCGAGUAUAAUAACGGGAGAUGACGAGCAUCCACUUGCCGAUGUGAUGAAUAAGGCUUUCGAUUCCGAUCAGUCGAGCCUUGGGAUGAUUGUGAACACGUUCUAUGAGCUCGAGCCCGAAUACUCGGCCCAUUACAGGGAGGCCCAUGGAGUGAACACGUGGCACGUGGGGCCCGUCUCGCUGUUGGGCGGGCGGGUCGUGGAUUCGGAUGGGGAUGACGAGUGCCUGAGGUGGCUUGACUCGAAGGAGCCGGAAUCGGUGGUUUACGUGUGUUUCGGGAGUAUGACAUUUUUUCGAACACCUCAGCUACGUGAGAUAGCGAAGGGGCUGGAGGCCUCCGGGAGGGAAUUCGUGUGGGUGGUGAGGAGGGGCGAGAGGGUGAUUGAGGAGGAGUGGCUGUUCGGCGAGUUUCAGGGGAGGGGGGUGAGGCGGCGGGCGAGGGAAUUGGGGGCUGCGGCGAGGAGGGCGGUGGAGGAAGGCGGGUCGUCGGAGAUUGAGUUCCGGCGUUUGGUGGCGGAGAUUAGGAGAUACCGCUGUGCUUGA